AUAUCUAGGACGAUUACAUUCAAUACGACGUGAUUACUUGCAUCGAUUUUCUUGAGCAGAAAUGCCUUCCGAAAUCAAUCAAUCCUUCGGAGCUCGAUUGCGAUAACAUAUUAAGAGGAUUUUUAAAGUAAAUAUUUAAAAACUGGAAUAUCAAAAGGAGGCCGAAAUUUCUUUUGUAAACAUUUAAUGUUUGGCGACGUGUGGAUACUGUUUUCAGGUUCAUGGUGCUAUCACAUGUUUUUUAGUAGCAGAAGAAUUGUAUUUUGAACAGUUAUUGUAACCCAGAUAAGAAAUUUGGGAGUUUACAGCCAUAUUUCCUUUGUGAAUUUCAUUGAAACCGAAAUUAUAUUACCAAGUGUGAUUCAAAGCAUUCAACUAAGCUUCAAAAGAUUAUUGAUGAUCUUACACUGGUUUAUGAAAACUUUCAUCAAAAUGAACGUGUAACACAGAAUAAAGUACAUGUCUCAUUGUCAAAAAUUUUAUGAAGAAGAGAAUAGAAAUGUCUUUUCUGAAUUCUUUGAAAAAUAUAGGGCUGCGUCUCACCGAGUAUACUCAUGGCGAUGCUGUAACAGAUUCAGAAAGAGUGAAAAUACUAUCCGGCAGUCCAGAUAUCAAACAUGAAAUCAGCUCCUCCAGCAAUCAGCAGACGGAAAAUCAACAUCGCGCAUCACUCAAUGAUGUGUCAGGCCUUGGAAGCAUCAGAAGGAAACAGGUUACAAACGCUAGUAACGAACUUUACCAAACUGACAGCUCAUUCUAUAAUAUGGGAUUCUCAUUAUCACCUUCUGACCUUGAAAGAAGUUGGAAAAGCGGGCGACCCAGCAUGAAUGGCAGCAUUUCAGAGAAUGGGUUAAGACGAACGAAAAGUGAAUGCAAGAUAUCAAUUAAUCGAAAUCCCGUUGAUAAUUCCUAUAUCGACAAAAAGUUUGGCCCGAUUCCAUCGGAAACAUCUUACAAAAAGGCUGCUAAAUUCUUAAAAUCACGAUGUUUAUGCAAUUUAGCAUGUCUUUUGUCUUUCAUCACAUCAUUAUUUCCAGUACUAAGUUGGCUGCCAAAGUACAAAAGAGAAUUUAUUAUUCCCGAUCUUAUUGCUGGCUUUACAAUAUCAAUUCUUCAUAUACCUCAAGGUAUGGCAUAUGGUGUUCUUGCUGCCUUAAAAGCUGAAAAUGGAUUGUAUGUUUCAUUUUUUCCGGUUCUUAUUUACUUUCUGUUGGGAACAUCAAAGCAUAUAUCUGUUGGAACAUUUGCUGUAAUAAGUUUGAUGCUAAGCAGUGCUAUCUAUGGAUCUGGUGCAGUUGUCAGUCGAGAGUUUAAUUCAACUAGUCCAAAUUUUUUUAAUGGAUCGCAUGGAUCACUUGGAAAAGUCGAAAAUUGGCCUCCUACUCAUUUGGAAACUGCAACUACUCUUGCAAUGGCCGUUGGUUUCUGGCAGCUUUUCAUGGGUGUUUUUCGCCUUGGUUCUCUUACUGUUGUUUUAUCGGAUCAGCUGGUCUCUGGUUUUUCUUCAGGUGCUGCAUGUCAUGUUGCUACUUCUCAACUGAAAGAUCUUUUUGGUAUACACAUUGGACGUUAUAGUGGAACUCUAAAACUGAUAUAUAUGCUUCGAGAUGUGUUCACAAAUUUGAUCAACACAAAUCCUGCCACAGUAAUAAUUUCUGCAAUUGCUUUAUUUAUUUUGGCUGUAUUUAAAGAACAGAUUGAUGGUAGAUUAAAAGGAAGACUAAAGAUGCCUAUACCUAUUGAUUUAAUUGUAGUGGUCAUUGCAACAACCAUAUCUUAUUUUUCUAAUUUUCAUUCAAAUUAUAGAGUAUCUGUUAUUCAAGAUAUUCCUAUUGGAUUACCUUCUCCAACACCUCCAAGGUUAGAUAUACUUCCUCGUCUCAUUGGAGAUAGUUUUGCUAUUGCCAUUGUAGCAUAUGCUAUUUCUCUAUCCAUGGCAAAGUUACUUUCCAAAAAACACAAAUAUAGUAUUCGACCAAAUCAGGAGCUUCUUGCUUUGGGUUGUGCAAAUGUUUUCGCUUCCUUCUUUUCUUGCUACCCCUGUUCUGCAUCAUUGUCUAGAAGUCUUGUUCAGGAAAGGUCUGGUGGUAGAACACAGGUUGCUGGUUUGGUAUCAUGUUCUAUACUUCUUGUUAUUUUACUUGCUCUUGCCCCUAUGUUCUAUUCAUUACCUAAGUGCAUCCUUUCCUGCAUCAUACUUGUGGCUUUGAAGCCAAUGUUUUUACAAAUGAAAGACUUUUACAAAGCAUGGCGUAUAUCGAAAUUAGAUGCUUGCAUAUGGUUGGUUACUUUUCUGUCAACUGUAUUAUUAGAUGUUACUUAUGGACUGCUAGCAGGUGUGAUAUUUUCUUUGGCAACUGUGAUAAUUCGAAGUGUAUUACCAGUCAAAACCUUCUUAGGAAGAAUAUCAGAUACAGAUAUUUAUUUAGACACAAAGCGAUAUGACAUGGCUCAUGAAAUCAAAGGAAUAAAAAUAUUUCAUUUCGAAUCUGCUCUUUAUUUUAUCAACAAAGAAUUAUUUAAAUCAUCUUUGAUGAAAUAUGUGCCUCUGAAAGCUGAUGAUGGAAUUAAAAUUGAAGACAGAAUUCAUCGAAUAAUUAUUGAUUGUUCAACAUUCACGUUUAUAGAUAUUUCUGGUUUAGAAACAUUAUUAGAGAUUAUACAAGAAUAUCAGGAAGUGGGAGUUGCAGUGUUUUUAUCUGGUUGUUCUGUUUCUAUGCUAUCUGUAAUGGAACAUGCUAAAUUCUAUGAAAGAGUAUCUCAGCACCCAUCAGUGUUUCCCACCAUUCAUGAUGCGGUUGAAUUUCAGUAUUUACCACACAGCAGUAUUUCAAACAGCUGAUAGAUGUAUUUAUUUUAUUAUCUGUUGAUGUUGCCAAUGUAAAUAUGCUCUUAAAUAUAACUGUUGUAAUAUAUCUUAUUGAUGACAAGUAUUUAUAGUAAAAAAAUGACCGAAAACUUAUAUAACAUGUAAGAGUUCUUGCACUUAUAUAUAUAUUUAUCUAGAAUAUGUAAAAGAGGUGGAAAAAUAAUUUAUAAAAAUUAUAUUUUUAAAGAGAACAUUUUUACUUAAAAAAAAUUAUUGCAGUAACCUAAGUCAUUGCAGUACAUAUUUUUAACUGUGAAACUUAUUUUCUUGCAUAUUAAAAAAAAAUAUGGAUACUUUUUUAAAAACCAGAAUUUGUUGAUGAAAUUUGAAAUAUUUCUUAAAAUGAGUAAUUAUUGUUAUGAAGAUAUUCAGAUUUAUUAUUUUGAACUUUUGGAAAAUAAAUCUUAAGUGCUGUGAUAUUGAGCAGCUUAUAAUGAAAUGAAAAUGUGAUAAUUAUUAGUCUACUUAAUACUUAUGGUUUGAUCUGUGUUGUAAUAUUGUAAUUAUCUUGUAUAUAUUCUAAACUUGAUUAUGACAAUUUGCUUAUUUAUCUGUCUAGUAGUUACUGCAGUUUUGUUUUUAAUCUACAAUUGUUGUUUAUUUGAAACAUAAUUAUUAAUCUCAUGUUCUUUUCAUAUUAAAUUUAAAAUCACACUAUUUUG